GUUGUGUUUUCAUUGAAGAAAAUGACGAUGACACGUGACUCAUCGUAAAACGGUGGCGUGUCGUCUCCGACGAAAACCUUCAGUCUCUGUCUUUCUUCAAUUUCAUCUUUCACUUCACAUUUCGCUUUGAUUCUUUACUUAAUAUUGUAUUUCCAGCAAAAGUAAACCAAAUGCUUUAAGAAAAAGAGCUUUUUGAUGAUGAUUUAACCUAAAAAAUUCACAAGAGUUUGAUUAAUUUGGGUUACGAAAAGGGUGAACGAUGAGGAGAGUUUCCACAGAGUUUUUGAUUGUUUCGUUUAUGGUGGCGGCGGCGGCGGCGGCGACGGUGGCUUUUGGUGUCAAUGUGACGUAUGAUCACCGGGCAUUGGUGAUCGACGGCAAACGGCGGGUGCUGGUUUCCGGUUCUAUUCAUUACCCUCGAAGCACCCCUGACAUGUGGCCAGGGUUAAUUCAGAAAUCGAAAGAAGGAGGACUUGAUGUAAUCGAAACCUACGUUUUCUGGAAUUUGCAUGAACCUGUUAAAAACCAGUAUGAAUUUGAAGGAAGAAAAGAUUUGGUUAAAUUUGUGAAAUUGGUGGCUGAUGCUGGUCUUUAUGUUCAUCUUCGAAUUGGUCCAUACGUUUGUGCAGAAUGGAAUUAUGGUGGCUUUCCACUCUGGUUACAUUUCAUACCCGGAAUUGUGCUUCGAACUGAUAACGAGCCUUAUAAGGCGGAAAUGAAGCGAUUUACAGCUAAAAUAGUUGGCAUGAUGAAGGAGGAGAAUCUUUAUGCAUCUCAAGGUGGACCCAUAAUCUUAUCUCAGAUUGAGAACGAAUAUGGCAAUAUUGAUAAAGACUACGGUCCGGCUGCACAAACUUAUAUCAAAUGGGCCGCGAGUAUGGCUACGUCUUUAGACACGGGAGUGCCAUGGGUGAUGUGUCAACAACAAGAUGCUCCGGAUCCAAUUAUAGACACAUGCAAUGGGUUUUAUUGUGAUGGGUACACUCCAAAUUCUAAAAAUAAACCCACAAUGUGGACCGAAAAUUGGACCGGAUGGUUUCUUUCGUUUGGUGGGGCCGUGCCUUAUAGACCCGUGGAAGAUAUUGCUUUUUCGGUUGCACGUUUUUACCAAAGAGGUGGAACCUUUCAGAAUUAUUAUAUGUACCAUGGUGGGACGAAUUUUGGGCGUUCUACUGGCGGACCGUUUAUCGCAACAAGUUAUGAUUAUGAUGCUCCACUUGAUGAAUAUGGAGCACCUAGACAACCUAAGUGGGGUCAUUUAAAAGAGUUACAUAAGGCGAUUAAGCUUUGUGAAGACGCGAUGGUGGCAAUCGAUCCAACAAGUACUUCUCUUGGUAACAAUCUAGAGGCUAGUGUGUAUAAAACAUCAUCAACAUGUGCUGCUUUUUUGGCAAAUGUUGACACGAAAAAUGAUGCAACGGUGACCUUCAAUGGCAAUUCUUAUCGCUUACCCGCUUGGUCUGUCAGCAUCUUGCCCGAUUGCAAGAAUGUAGCGUUCAAUACUGCAAAGAUAAACACCAUGGCUACAAUUCGAAGAUUUGUAGCUAAAAAUAUUGGAAACGAAUUAAUUGCUUCAGAAGAAAUUUCGUCUGAUUGGAGUUAUGUUAGUGAACCUAUUGGGAUUUCGAGUAAUAAUGCAUUUAAAAAACCGGGAUUAGUAGAGCAAAUCAACACAACAGCCGAUCAAAGUGAUUAUUUGUGGUAUUCAAUAAGUGCUGAAAGUAAUGGCGACGAGUCUCAAACAGUUCUACAUGUGAAAUCACUCGGCCAUGUUCUUCAUUUGUUCGUUAACGGUCAACUCGCAGGUAGUGCGAUUGGUAAUGCUAAUAACCCUACUGUUUCCAAGGAUAUUCCUAUUACACUCAAACCAGGAAUAAACAAACUCGAUCUGCUAAGUUUGACCGUGGGACUCAAGAACUACGGUGCAUUUUUUGAUACAACAGGUGCCGGUAUAACCGGUCCGGUUGAGCUUGAAGGGUUAAAGAACGGUUCAACUAUUGACCUUUCAUCUAUGCAGUGGACAUAUCAGGUUGGACUUAAAGGAGAAGGACUAGGGCUACACACGGGUGGUUCCACACUUUGGGUGUCCGGGGUGCCUAAAAGUCAACCUUUGACUUGGUACAAGACAAGCUUUGAUGCUCCUUCGGGUGAUGAUCCAAUUGCAAUAGAUUUAAGUGGAAUGGGAAAAGGUGAGUUAUGGGUGAAUGGACAAAGUAUCGGGCGUUAUUGGCCAUCUUAUAUUGCUCCAAAUAGUGGUUGUUCGGAUUGUAGUUAUAAAGGGUCGUAUAAUUCAAAUAAAUGCCUCAAAGGUUGUGGGAAACCCUCGCAAAAGCUGUAUCAUGUCCCUCGAUCAUGGUUAAAAUCAAGUGGGAAUGUUAUGGUGUUAUUUGAAGAAAUCGGUGGUGAUCCUACAAAAAUAUCUUUCACAACACAAGUGUUACAAAGUUUAUGUUCCCAUGUGUCCGAAUCACACCCAUCUUCUAUCGAAUCAUGGAGUCGAGAAAAGUCAAGGAGAAAACGGAAACCAGAACCAAAAGUUUCCCUAGAAUGCCCUCACCCUAAUCAAGUUAUCUCCUCGAUAAAGUUUGCUAGCUUUGGAACACCGCAAGGGCAAUGUGGUAAUUUUAGACAUGGCGAAUGCAAGAGUGAUAAUGCACUUUCGAUCCUACAAAAUGCUUGCCUUGGGUUCAAGACUUGUAGUGUUGGAGUUUCGACUGUUACUUUUGGUGAUCCUUGUGUAAAUGUAGUUAAAAGUUUAGCGGUAGAAGCAUCGUGUGAAUGAAAAACACGAAUAUAAUUAUAAGUAUAAAAUUAUAAAUCAUAGAAUAAAACCGUUUUUAUUUGCAUUAUAAUAAAAUUCAAGG